AGCCCUGCUGCAGAGCCUCCGGCUGGGAUAGCCGCCCCCCGUGGGGGCGAUGCGGACAGCGCGGGACAGCUAGGGGAGCGCGUGGGGGCCGCAGGAUGCGGGAGCCCGCUAAACCCGGUGGCUGCUGAGGCGGCCGAGAUGCUCGUGCGCGCAGCGCGCCCCACUGCAUCCUCGACCUUCUCCGGCUACAGGGACCUUAAGUGGCGACUAUGGGCAGACUGGGCUACUGGACCCUGCUGGUGCUGCCGGCCCUUUUGGUCUGGCGCGGUCCGGCGCAGAGCGCGGCGGCGGAGAAGGGUCCUCCCGCGCUGAACAUUGCAGUGCUGCUGGGUCACAGCCACGACGUGACAGAGCGCGAACUUCGAAAUCUGUGGGGCCCUGAGCAGGCGGCGGGGCUGCCCCUGGACGUGAACGUGGUGGCACUGCUGAUGAACCGCACCGACCCUAAGAGCCUCAUCACGCACGUGUGUGACCUCAUGUCGGGGGCACGCAUCCAUGGCCUGGUGUUUGGGGACGACACCGACCAGGAGGCCGUGGCCCAGAUGCUGGAUUUUAUCUCCUCCCAGACUUGCAUCCCCAUCCUGGGCAUCCACGGGGGCGCAUCUAUGAUCAUGGCUGACAAGGAUCCGUCAUCUACUUUCUUCCAGUUUGGAGCGUCCAUCCAGCAACAAGCCACGGUCAUGCUGAAGAUCAUGCAGGAUUAUGACUGGCAUGUCUUCUCCCUGGUGACCACCAUCUUCCCUGGCUACCGGGACUUCAUCAGCUUCAUCAAAACAACAGUGGACAACAGCUUUGUGGGUUGGGACAUGCAGAACGUGAUCACACUGGACACAUCCUUCGAGGAUGCCAAGACCCAAGUCCAGCUGAAAAAGAUCCACUCUUCGGUCAUCCUGCUGUACUGUUCCAAAGAUGAGGCGGUUCUCAUCCUGAGUGAAGCCCGCUCCCUCGGCCUCACCGGGUACGAUUUCUUCUGGAUCGUGCCCAGCCUGGUCUCUGGAAACACAGAGCUCAUCCCCAAAGAGUUCCCAUCAGGACUCAUCUCAGUCUCCUACGACGACUGGGACUACAGCCUGGAGGCGAGAGUGAGGGACGGGCUUGGCAUCCUAACCACUGCCGCGUCUUCCAUGUUGGAGAAGUUCUCAUACAUCCCCGAGGCCAAGGCCAGCUGCUAUGGGCAGACGGAGAAGCCGGAGACCCCACUGCACACUCUACACCAAUUCAUGGUCAACGUGACAUGGGAUGGAAAAGACUUGUCCUUCACGGAGGAAGGCUAUCAGGUGCACCCGAGGCUGGUGGUCAUUGUGCUCAACAAGGACCGAGAAUGGGAGAAGGUGGGCAAGUGGGAGAACCAGACCCUGAGCCUGAGGCAUGCCGUGUGGCCCAGGUACAAGUCCUUCUCUGACUGCGAGCCUGACGACAACCACCUGAGCAUCGUCACCCUGGAGGAGGCCCCCUUUGUCAUCGUGGAGGACAUAGACCCGCUGACUGAGACGUGUGUGAGGAACACCGUGCCGUGCCGCAAGUUUGUCAAAAUCAACAAUUCCACCAACGAGGGGAUGAACGUUAAAAAGUGCUGCAAAGGCUUCUGCAUCGAUAUCCUGAAGAAGCUCUCCAGGACAGUCAAGUUCACCUAUGAUCUCUACCUGGUGACCAAUGGGAAGCACGGCAAGAAGGUGAACAACGUGUGGAAUGGAAUGAUCGGGGAAGUGGUCUACCGGCGAGCGGUCAUGGCGGUUGGCUCGCUGACCAUCAACGAGGAGCGUUCGGAGGUGGUGGACUUCUCAGUGCCCUUCGUGGAGACGGGGAUCAGCGUCAUGGUUUCCAGGAGCAACGGCACCGUCUCACCUUCUGCUUUUCUAGAACCAUUCAGCGCCUCCGUGUGGGUGAUGAUGUUUGUAAUGCUGCUCAUUGUCUCUGCCAUAGCUGUCUUUGUGUUUGAAUACUUCAGCCCUGUUGGAUACAACAGAAACCUCGCCAAAGGGAAAGCACCCCAUGGGCCUUCUUUCACCAUUGGGAAAGCUAUAUGGCUCCUUUGGGGCCUGGUGUUCAACAACUCCGUGCCUGUCCAGAAUCCGAAAGGGACCACCAGCAAGAUCAUGGUGUCUGUCUGGGCCUUCUUUGCCGUCAUAUUCCUGGCCAGUUACACGGCCAACCUGGCUGCUUUCAUGAUCCAGGAGGAAUUCGUGGACCAAGUGACCGGCCUCAGUGACAAAAAGUUUCAGAGACCUCAUGACUAUUCCCCGCCUUUUCGAUUUGGGACCGUGCCUAAUGGAAGUACAGAGAGAAACAUCCGGAAUAACUAUCCCUACAUGCAUCAGUACAUGACCAAGUUUAACCAGAAGGGUGUGGAGGAUGCCUUGGUCAGCUUGAAGACGGGGAAGUUGGACGCUUUCAUCUACGAUGCGGCAGUCUUGAAUUACAAGGCCGGGCGGGAUGAAGGCUGCAAACUGGUGACCAUCGGGAGCGGGUACAUCUUCGCCACCACGGGUUACGGUAUUGCCCUCCAGAAGGGCUCCCCUUGGAAGAGGCAGAUUGACCUGGCCCUGCUUCAGUUUGUGGGUGAUGGUGAGAUGGAGGAGCUGGAGGCCCUGUGGCUCACGGGGAUCUGCCACAAUGAGAAGAACGAGGUGAUGAGCAGCCAGCUGGAUGUGGACAACAUGGCGGGCGUGUUCUACAUGCUGGCGGCGGCUAUGGCGCUCAGCCUCAUCACCUUCAUCUGGGAGCACCUCUUCUACUGGAAGCUGCGCUUCUGCUUCACAGGAGUCUGCUCUGACCGGCCCGGCCUGCUCUUCUCCAUCAGCAGGGGCAUCUACAGCUGCAUUCAUGGAGUGCACAUCGAAGAGAAGAAGAAGUCUCCCGACUUCAAUCUGACUGGGUCCCAGAGCAACAUGCUGAAACUUCUCCGCUCGGCCAAGAACAUCUCCAACAUGUCCAACAUGAACUCUUCCUCCAGGAUGGAUUCCCCCAAAAGAACUGCUGACUUCAUCCAAAGAGGCUCCCUCAUCGUGGACAUGGUUUCCGAUAAGGGGAACUUGAUCUACUCGGACAACAGAUCUUUCCAGGGGAAAGACAGCAUCUUUGGGGAAAACAUGAAUGAACUCCAGACGUUCGUGGCCAACAGGCACAAGGACAGCCUCAACAACUAUGUGUUCCAGGGACAGCACCCUCUCACUCUCAAUGAGUCUAACCCCAACACGGUGGAGGUGGCUGUGAGCACAGAAUCCAAGGCGAACUCCAGACCCAGGCAGCUGUGGAAGAAAUCCAUGGAGUCCCUGCGUCAGGAUUCACUGCCCCAGAAUCCGGUUUCCCAGAGGGAGGAGGGACCGGCGGAGAACAGGACCCACUCCCUCAAGAGCCCGAGGUACCUCCCAGAAGAGAUGGCUCACUCUGACAUUUCAGAGGCUUCCAGCCGGGCCACCUGCCACAGGGACCCGGACAACAACAAGAACCACAAAACCAAGGACAACUUCAAGAGAUCGGCGGCCUCCAAGUACCCCAAGGACUGCAGUGAGGUCGAGCGACCCUACCUGAAAACCAAAGCCAGCUCCCCCAGGGACAAGAUCUACACCAUCGAUGGUGAGAAGGAGCCCAGCUUUCACCUAGACCCGCCCCAGUUCGUGGAAAAUACAGCCCUCCCCGAGAAUAUGGACUUCCCAGACCCCUACCAGGAUCAUAGCAACAGCUUCCGCAAGGCGGACACCACGCUGCCCAUGAACAGGAAUCGGCUGCACAACGAAGACGGGCUGCCCAACAACGACCAGCACAAGCUCUACCCCAAGCACUUCACCUUGAGAGACAAGGGGUCCCCUCACAGCGAGGGCAGUGACCGCUACCGCCAGAACUCCACCCACUGCCGGAGCUGCCUCUCCAACCUGCCCACUUACUCGGGCCAUUUCACCAUGCGGUCCCCCUUCAAGUGUGAUGCCUGCCUGCGGAUGGGGAACCUCUAUGACAUCGACGAAGAUCAGAUGCUCCAGGAGACAGGUAACCCUGCCGCCCAGGAGGAGGCCUACCAGCAAGACUGGGCACAGAACAACGCCCUCCAGUUGCAAAAGAACAAGCUGAGGAUUAGCCGGCAGCAUUCUUACGAUAACAUUCUCGACAAGCCCAGGGAGCUAGACCUUAGCAAGCCCUCCCGGAGCAUAAGCCUCAAGGACCGGGAACGGCUUCUGGAAGGAAAUUUGUAUGGGAGCCUGUUCAGUGUGCCCUCAAGCAAACUCCUGGGGAACAAAAGCUCCCUUUUCCCCCAAGGCCUGGAGGACAGCAAGAGGAGCAAGUCCCUCUUGCCGGACCACACUUCCGAUAACCCUUUCCUUCACUCCUAUGGGGAUGACCAGCGCCUAGUAAUUGGGAGAUGCCCCUCGGACCCCUAUAAACACUCACUGCCAUCACAGGCAGUGAACGACAGCUACCUGCGCUCGUCCUUGAGGUCAACCGCAUCGUACUGUUCCAGGGACAGCCGGAGCCACAGUGACGUGUACAUUUCAGAGCAUGUUAUGCCUUAUGUUGCGAAUAAGAAUAAUAUGUACUCCACCCCCAGGGUUUUAAACUCCUGCAGCAAUAGACGUGUGUACAAGAAAAUGCCUAGCAUCGAAUCUGAUGUUUAAAAAUCUUCCAUUAAUGUUUCACCUAUAGGGAAACAUACGUAAUGGCCAGUGUUCUGGAGGGUAAGAGUCAGAUGUCCUAAGAGGAAGUUGGUGUAGGGAGUAUCUGUGUUGGCUCUUUGGUCCAUGGCUCCGUGCCAUAGUCUUCCAUUCAAGAAACCUUUUGAGGUGUGAGCUGAGCAUGGCAGAUUUCAGAUAGAUGAGUCCUUAACCAAAACAAACAGAUAAGGGCAAGUAUCCUGGACAUGCCUAACCAGGUAGGUUGGCAAUAGUGAUGCACCAAAUGUUGGUGGCGAUGUUAUGCUUUCCUAUAUUCCAAAUGCCAUUAAGAUCAGUCCACCGUGUAAUUUCCCCAUCCGAAAUGCCUAAUGGUUUUCUCUAAUACAGAUUAAGCAAUAUGGUAUGCAUGUAAACCUGACACAGACAAAAUAAAUUUAAGAUUGCAUCUGCACUGUAGUGAGAUUGACAUGUGCAAGAGAUUAGGAAGUUUGGCUUGUAACAGUCCCAGCUUUCUUGUCAUGCCUUCACUGUCACACCCAGGCCCAACCCUAAGAACUCCAGGAUGUACCCUCCCUCCCCACCCCAACCCCAGAGAAUAACAAAUCGGUGUGUUUAUGGUAACUAAGCUACCUUCAUUAGAGUCCAUUUCCAAGAUAGGUCUGGAGCAAAAAGCCCGAGGAAGCACCCUUAGGCACAGAGCUACCGGGAUCCCCUUGGACGUUGAUAUGUGUGUUUUGUCCUUGGCUUUGAUGGUCUUGUUCAGUGCUGCAUAAACUUACACAUUUCUGUCUUCAAUAUCUAAGUGUAGAUCUCCCAUCUGUGACCUGGUGGUCAUUGUAAUUUACCCGAAGACUUCUGUGUAUGUAAGCUUGCAUUUCCUUCCUUCUGGUGACGACUCAGGGUUGUAUAGUAUCUGUUACCCUUUCCCUCCCAGAGUGACCCUAGCUCGUCCAGUCCCCCCAGGCAGCCAUGUGGUGUCUAAUUAGCUGUGUGUUGCUGUCCCCAGAGUUGUUAAUGUGAUGACACACGCCAACAGCCAUAUGUAUACUGCAAUUCGUCAGAAGUGCAAUGCCAUCUGUCUGCCGGAGGGUAGCACAGGUUGCGGUUUUAUCUCCCUAGAUCCCAUGAAGUUCUGUUGGAUAGAAUCUCCACCCCGAUCAAACCAUUAAAUCUAAAACCUUUAAAAGAUGAGACACUCCUGUCUCCACCCCAAGCCUUCUCCAAACGGUGGGUAAACUUUUGCCAAACGACUGGUUUCUCGCUUCUGAAACAGAGUUCUAUUGGAGGCAGAACGCAUCACCAGCCACCAACAGCGAUACAGGAAGAAUUCCUCAAAGCAUUUGUCAUUUCUGAGUCACCUACACUAUCCCACUCUUGUUCUCCAGAGACCUGUGCAUGUAUGGUAUGGGAUGACACUCAUUUCAAAACAGUUGGAGAUAGAGGUGGGAGUAUGUAUGCCUGGGAGUUUCUUAGCCCACUACCUGACUCAUAAAAAGGGCCCUGCAAAGACAGCAUGGUUUAUCAGAUCAGAAUUUUCUAGUUGAAAAACUAAAUACCACAAAAUCAGCCAACUUGAUUAAACAUCUUAUGAUGGUCUGCCCUAAUAAUGAGCGCGUUUCAGAUGUGUUUGUGUCCUUGAAGUGCGUGGGGUGAGCAGCCGUCAACAUAUGCAGAGAACCUUGAUCUGAAUGGUGAAGUUUUAAGCUAAUGAAAGCUAGCCCAGCUGUUUCCUGGCUUCUUCCUGAGUUUUACUUUCAGUUCUUAGAGAAAGGGACAGGGUGGCAGAUUGAAGCAUCUUUCCCAAUUCUUCUCCUGGUGUGUUCUGCUUCAUAAGUAAUGUUUUCCUACAAGUGGGCAGGUGCCAGGGACUGUUGUCUUGUAAAUGAGGAAUAUCUUGAAUGGCUUGGU